AAAGGCUCUUAGGCUCCACCUACUCAGUUCAUAUGCUUUGAGUUUAGUUUCCGUUUCCUCACCAACAUACACUCUAUUUUUCUUCGGGUUUUGAUUGCUAAUUUAAUUUAAUUAUCUAAGUUUAAAAUGGGUUUUGUUAAAAUUGUUAAAAACAAGGCUUACUUCAAGAGGUACCAAGUCAAAUUCCGAAGGAGACGAGAGGGUAAAACCGACUACUAUGCACGAAAACGUUUGAUUUGGCAAGACAAAAAUAAAUACAACACUCCUAAAUAUCGAAUGAUUGUUAGAAUAACCAACAAAGAUAUUAUUUGUCAAAUAGCUUAUUCUAAAAUUGAAGGAGAUUAUGUUGUAUGUUCAGCUUAUUCUCAUGAAUUACCCAAAUUUGGAGUUAAAGUUGGUUUGACCAAUUAUGCUGCUGCAUACUGUACCGGUCUUCUUCUCGCUCGUAGGAUGCUUAAAAAGUUCAGACUGGACUCAAUUUAUGCAGGUAGCGAAGAAGUAACUGGAGAAAUGUUCAAUGUUGAAGACAUUGAUGGCAAACCCGGAGCCUUCAGAGCAUUCUUAGAUGUAGGUCUUGCUCGAACAUCUACUGGGUCAAGAAUCUUUGGUGCUAUGAAAGGAGCAGUUGAUGGUGGAAUUGAUAUCCCACACAGUGAGAAACGAUUCCCAGGUUACAAUGCUGAAUCAAAAGAGUUAGACGCUGAGGUUCACCGUAAACACAUUAUGGGUACACACGUUGCUGAUUAUAUGCGUAGUCUUAUGGAAGAAGAUGAAGAAGCAUUCAAGAAACAAUUUUCUCGAUAUUCUAAGCUCGGAAUCACUGCUGAUGAGAUCGAAGAAAUGUACACUAAAGCACAUGCAUCUAUCCGUGCUAACCCAGACCCUGAACCACCUAAAGCUAAGACUACAGAAGGUAAAAAGAAGAGAUGGAACAAGCCCAAGCAAACUCUUGCUGCUCGCAGAAAUAAGAUUGCCCAAAAGAAGAAAGCUGUUGUUGCAAAAUUGGAGGCUGAAGCAGCCGCUUGAUUUAAUUAGUUUCCAAUUUAUAACCUGGUUUAAAUAAAGAUAUGUCUAAACAAUCA